CAAAGGGCAGCGAUCGCUCAGGCGUUUGACGAGUACAAGCAGAAAACGUGCGUUCGAUUUGUGCCACGUAAUGAGGACGAUUUCGACUAUAUCUACAUUAAACGGAAUGUGGCAUUCGGGUGCUCCUCAUAUGUUGGUCGAGCUGGUGGUAAUCAGACUGUAUCACUGGAAGUCGACAAAUGCUUCUCGAAGGGUAUUAUUGCCCAUGAACUGAUGCAUGCACUGGGUUUCUUUCAUGAGCAUUCUCGAACGGAUCGCGAUCAAUACGUGGAUAUUCAGGAGGACAAUAUCAGGCCGGGUAUGCUGAGAAAUUUCGAGAAGUAUCCGCGAAAAAUCAUCGAUCCAUUGGGGAUGCCGUACGAUUACGACUCCGUCAUGCACUACCAUAAACUGGCCUUCUCCCGGAACGGCAAGCCAACGAUUGUGCCCAAAAAGCGCUCAGCGGAAGUCGGCCAACGAUAUAAACUGAGCGAAAUUGACGCAAAGAAGGUGAACAAGCUGUAUGAGUGUGGUGAGUAUUUGGGUACCAGUACGACGACAACAACGACCACUACAACUACCACAACCACUACUGCACCGCCCACGACGUCCAAAAAGUCGAGGACGAGAUCGCGCACACGAAGCACUUCGCGUCGUACAACUGCCACUACUACCAGGAGAACGAGAACCACUACCACAACGGCGGCAUCCACGACAGAGCCGAAGAGAACGAAAAAGAAGUGUGAAGAUCUGAAUGCUCAUUGUGGGAUGUGGCAGCAACUCGGCCACUGCCAGCAUUCUACGAAGUACAUGGCACAUUACUGCAGAAAAUCGUGCGGAAUGUGCGACGAGGAAGUAACAACGACUACAGAAAAGCCGUAUGGCAACAAGAAGGAGCGAGGAAGAGGUGGCACAGGAGAAAAAGGAGAACGAAAAGAGAAAGAGAAGGAAAAGGAAAAAGAAAAGACAUGCACGGACAAGAACCUCUUCUGCGGUUACUGGGCGAAGAUUGGAGAAUGCAAAAGCGAAAGCAAAUUCAUGAAAAUCUUCUGUAAAGCAUCAUGUGGGCGGUGCUAA